UGAACUGAACCGAAGCUCAAACAAUAUGCCUUCGGACUUCUGACAAAGUGACAAACAAUCAUAGUCAUACGAUUACGAAUAUUAUGUUCACUUUACUUUGUCGUGCUCGCGAUUUUUGUGUAGUGUGCUUCUGUGCGCUUCUUUCACUUGCGCAAGUUAAUUGGAAUUCUGUGACCGGCCCAUUCCAUUGAUUAAUGUUGUUAAUUUGUUUACACUAUGAUUCAAUUAUUUAUUUAUAAUACAAAAUAAGGGCCUGUGCCAAUUCAAUUCAAGAUCUCAUUACCAAGUUUAAACUCACAUUUUUAGUAUUGUCAAGUUUGUUGACAGCCUGCUGGCAACCCUGAAUUGUGUGCGUCUUUUUAACGGCAAUCGAAUCGACAUCUUUUAGUCGGAUUGCCACUUGACUGCUCUAGCUUGACCAUAUUAAUUUGAAGCCCAUGUAAAUCACUAGAUUUGAAGAAUUAAAAUGGCAAGUGAAAACACAUCGUCGCUGCUUCAGCCACAAGAGUCAGUAUCUCGGCCCAAGAUGACGAGCGGGGGCGCCACCGGGCCGUUGCUUUACGCCGUCUUCGCGGCCGUACUUGGAAUGCUCCAGUUUGGAUACAACACUGGAGUCAUUAACGCUCCGAGAGGAUUCAUAGAAAAUUUCAUUAAAGAAAACUACGAUGUCAACUCUGGAACGAUUUUUGGCGUCAUCGUCAGCAUAUUCGCCAUCGGCGGAAUGAUUGGAUGUCCGUUAGCCAGUUGGGUUGCUGAUAAACGCGGUCGGAAGUUUGCUCUGCUCGCCAACGCUGCCUUCGGCGUGGUUGGAGCAGUCUUCAUGGGCUUCAGCAAAGUGUCAUCGUCACUCGCCAUGCUGAUUAUCGGUAGAUUUCUUAUCGGCAUCAACUGUGGCUUUGCCACAACUGCUUCACCAACUUACGUGUCAGAAGUUGCGCCUGUUAGAUUGCGUGGUGCGUUCGGAACUGUAAACCAGUUAGCAGUUGCUUUCGGAUUAGUUGGGGGACAGAUUUUAGGUAUCGAUGUUGUCCUGGGAAGCGACGACGGUUGGCCCUGGCUACUCGGUUUAGCUAUUGUACCAUCAGCAGUUCAGUGCGUGAUGAUUCCUUUCGCCCCUGAAUCUCCGCGAUACCUCUUACUCGUCCAACGCGAUGAAGAACAAGCUCGCAGCGUUUUAACGAAAAUUAGAGGAACAUCUGAAAUCGACGACGAGAUCAAGGAUAUGCACGACGAGGAUCACGCAGAGAAGCAGGAGGAAACGUUUACAAUUCCAGACUUAGUCCGCAUCAAGUCUUUGCGUACACCAUUAAUUAUUGGUAUUGUUAUGCAUCUUUCGCAGCAGCUAGGAGGAAUUAAUGCCGUUCUGUAUUAUUCAUCCACGAUAUUCAUUAAUACAGGACUUUCUGAACGAGAUGCUCGGUUAGCGUCCAUCGGAGUUGGGAGUAUGUUGUUUAUCAUGGCUUUAGUAUCGAUACCUUUGAUGGAUCGCCUCGGUAGAAGAACACUGCAGUUGUGCGGAUUGGGUGGCAUGGCGGUGUUUUCAGUUUUAAUGACAAUAGCCUUCUUUACAUACGAAAAUAAUACAACAAUGAGUGUGUUUGCAGUUUUGUUUACCUUAUUAUACGUUGGGUUCUUUGGUGUCGGGCCGAGCUCUAUUCCUUGGAUGAUCUUGUCGGAAUUGUUUGGUCAGGGCGCUCGAAGUGCCGCAGUCAGUGUUGGAGCCCUUAUCAAUUGGUUUGCUAAUUUUAUUGUUGGCCUGACAUUCAUUCCAUUGUCAGAUUUACUAGGCAACUAUGUGUUUAUACCAUAUACGAUACUUUUGCUUCUAUUUUUCGCAUUCACUUACUUCAAGCUACCUGAAACCAAAAAUAGGACAAUCGAGGAAGUGACGGCUCUAUUUAAGAAGUAGAAAUCAUCUCGAAUAGUUAAACUUAAGUUACAUUCCUUAGACGUAAGAAUACCUAAUAACGCAUUUAGCGAUCGCUACAAAUUGUGAUAGUUACUGUAUUAUCUCGUUUUAUUGUAAACGUUCGAGACAAGUUUUGUAAAACCUCGUAUUUACCUUUCGAAAUCGUAUGUCUUCGGUUUCGAAUACAAGUUAGGAAGACUGAAAACUUACGUACGUUAAAUCUAUUUUAUUACUAUAACUAUGUACUUAUUACCUUAGAAUGGAUUAUAGCAUAUUAAACCUUUAUAUUUUAGGGGAAGUAUAUCACAUUUAAUAUGGAAAAAUGCAUAUAAUAUAUUAUAUAUAUCUUGCCCACAAUAACGUUAACACCUAACGUCUACCAUAACGUUUUCUCAUGAUUAUUGUGAUAGUGGUAUAACGUAUAAAUUAUUUAAUUUGAGGACCAAAAUUUUAAUUUUAGUUGUAUAGUUUCUAUGUUGAAAUUCUUAAUUUUAGAAUGAUAAGUCCAUUUGUAUUCAUAUUCUUAUUUAAAGUAGAUAUUUGAUUUUGGUGCUCAUUAUGUAUGGUUGAUUCUAUUAAUUUAAAACUUCUACAGUGCCUUAGCUUGUAUUCCCGUUAUUACCAAUCAUGAUAUUACAUUAUGGAGUUACUUAAAUAAGGUGCGUUCUCACUGAAAAAUAUUGCUAAAAAUUCAAUAAUUUGUUGUUUGUUGAGAUGACUUUGUUUAAUAAUGUAAAAAGUACUUUCUUUAACAUUUUGUAAUUUUGCUAUUUACUUUCUGUGAGGACGAAUUAUUUGUCUAUUAUAUUGUUGCAUCUAUUAGUUGUAGCUAUAGUUAUUUAAGAUUAUAGAGUUCAAAAUUUUCAAACUCCGUAGGCUCCUAGUUCACCGUCCUAGUGUAUGUUUUAGUGCCAAGAACACUUAUAUUUACGAUAGAAAUAAAACUAUUCAUGUUACGAUAAAUGUAUUUAUUGUAUAAAUUAAGACCAAUAAACCGUAGAGUAUUGCACAAUUUUUAUACUCAAUAAAAACUGGGAGAUCUUUAGGGAAAUUCGUCAGAAAUAAUAACAUGUAUCAGCCAUUUUAUUUAGACAAGUGUUUUAUCUAAAUUAAGAAGUAUCGGCCCCUAAAGACCCCCUCGUUCAAAUAACAUUCAUCACUGAAUUCUCAAAAAAGACUUGCUAUUAUAAUGUUAUGGAUACGUUUUGUUGUUUCUUCAAACAUGUGUAACAUUGCUGCUAAACAUUCAUGGUCUAAGAUUCGGCAUUCCUGAAUAUAUACCUUCAUCUGUUAUUCAUUAGUGUUACGAAUUAAAUGAUAUAUAAUAUUCACAGUGACACAUUGCAAAUAGGUUGCCUAGUUAAAUUGUGGCUAAACACAUUCUUCAUACAAAAUCUAGGAAACCAUGAAUUAGAUCAAAGGCCUUAUAAAACCUAAUACUGUUAUUUAUGCAUAAAAUUAGCUUUUCGGGUAUAUAAUGUUUACCUCACUUUUUCUAUUCUUUUUGGUAUAUUAUGUUAUAACUAGUGUACGAUUUUUUAAAUUAACUAAUGAGAGAAGAAUCUUAAAUAAAUUAAAAAAAAAUAAUCAUUUAAUAAUUGUUCGGCCGCAAUUUAACUAGGCAACCUAUGUGUCAAUGUGAAUAUUUUCUAUAAUUUAUUUCUUAUCCCAAUUAAAUAACAGGCGAGGGUAUAUAUUUCUUAUGACGGAUCUCGUACCAUAACGAAUGCGGGGCAUUGACUCCUGAUUGAUAAUUAUUGUUAAUUAAACAAAUUAUAAUUAUUACAAUAAUAAUAUUUCAUCCUUUUUUUUGUAAUUUCUAAGAGAACUUCUUAUCGGCACGCUUUUUUUAUAAAGUUUAUAUAUUUAAGUAUUUUUACUACUUUUACAAGUACACAUUUAUAUUUUUGCGAAUUGUAUGAGAUUCAUACCAUUACAAGGCAAAAUAUUGUUAACAUUAUUUACAUACAUUUUAAAAUUCAUCAAAUCUUGCGUUUUAUCAGCUACUGACGAAACGAUUCUAGACGAUGGUAUUCUAGUGAUAAUGGGUAUCAGAGCAUAAAAUACUGAGAUGUUGAGUGACUAAUCAAGCGUGAAGUUUACGAACCUUAAUGAGCAAAAAGGCCUUGACUUGACUACCAGCUAGCCUAUUCACUAAUUUGAUCUUUAAUAACAAUCUAUUAAAAUAAACAUCAAAUCCAUUGAGAAACGGUGUAGGCACCGGGUAACAUUUGUUACGUAGAAUCUGAUUUUCGUGUAAACUAACAUACGUUAAAGUUAGUGAAUUGGCCUGUUGGAUUUUCAAGUACAAUAUAGCUAUUUAAAUAUCGUAUAACACUACGACUAACAGCCCCUUCACACUGGCGUUUUAAAACGUUUUUCAAAUCGCAGCACGUUACGAGAACUUGUUCGUAUAUUAUGUUUUAUAAUUAUAAUUACAAUUAAUAAAAUGUGUAAAUUAUUUUUAAUUUGUUUUUUAAAUUAAUCAGUAUUGUGAUUUUGUGCUUUUUGAUUUUUUUUUAUUUGUAGUAAUAGGUGGAAUCUGUGGUCUAAUGAAAAGGAAAUUGAUUAAUGUAGUCUGAUACUAACACAGGGCACUCGCGCCUUUCGUCCUUCGUCCAGUCGUGCACAGCCAAAGGAAACCAUUCAUUUUGGGCCCUUUUUGAAAGUGCCGGCGAACAAAAAAAAAAUAGCACGAAUCUUUAGAACUUGCCAUUUGGAGUAAUAGCUAAUAUGGCAUAUAAGUUGUAGGAGGGUCCCAAACCAAGUUAUACAGGUUCGUGAAAAUUGACAAAAUGAAUGGAACUAACGAGUCGUCGUUAGUUCCAUUCAUUUUGUAAAUUUUUAAAAAUGCCCGCAAAGAAAAUACUGGUUCCUAUCGUUAGAACUACCCAUUUGGAGCAAUAGUCAGUAUGACACAAAUAUUACACACGUCAAUUCUGCAGCACGUAGUGCAGCAGGGAUGUGCUCUAUGGAAAUAAUAUUAAAAUCAUAUCUAAUACGAUACUUUUUUUCUUGGCGUUAGAUCGCAUGGAUUCAGUGCAUAGACGCUUCGCUAGCAUCGCAUCAUUCCAAGUGUUGUGCACGCCAUUGACGAUCAAUUAUUCUCACGUUUCUGCAGCACCCACGACUAUAACUGAUCGUGUAUUGGGCGCUGCGUGCAUGACGGCUCGACUUAUGAAACGCUGCAGAAACGUGAGAAUAAUUGAUCGUCAAUGGCGUGCACAACACGUGCGUCCCUUACUCUAGUGUGAAGGUGCUCUUACUAAGUUUUAAAAUGUAUUGCGCGCAAGAUUUACGUACACAUUUGCUACAUACAUUGAUAUUUUAUUAUUAAUCAUAAUUAUAAGCAAUAUUUCGCACUAUUAUUGUUUUAAAUCGUUUUAUUAGGUUAUUGUAAAUAUUUUAAAAUAAUAUAAUACAAAAUACAAUAUUGUGAAUCCUGUUAUAUUAAUGACAUAAAUACGAAUUUAAUUCGCCUGUUGAUAUUAAAUUAUUAUUUAGUAUUAUAAUA